AUGUUCUCCUUCUUUGGGAGUCCCGCCGCCAGCUCAAGAUCCAUUCCCGGCCUUUGGCAGGGGCCGGGAAUCGGGUCGUUGCUAUCCAGGAUUGUUGUUGGCCUCAAACUGUCGAGGAUUGCGGACGCGAUGCCGAGUGCGCGCCAAGCCACCCUCAACUACACCACGUCCGAGGCGGGGAACCCGUUCGUUGAGGGCUGGUAUGCGGACCCGGACACUGAGAUAUACGACGGGCUUUACUGGGUGUAUCCGACAUCGUCAUACGCGUACGACGAGCAGACAUACCUCGACGCCUUCUCGAGUCCGGACCUCAUCAACUGGACGAAGCACCCCAACAUCUUGACCACGGCACAUGUGACCUGGGCGACGAAAGCCGUAUGGGCACCAGCGCCCAUAUCGAGGAACGGCAAGUACUUCAUCUACUUCGGAGCCAACGAUAUUCAAGAAGACGAGGCGGCGGAAGGAGUGGUUGGCGGGAUCGGCGUCGCGGUCGCGGACGCACCGGAGGGCCCGUACAUCGACGCGAUCGGCAAGCCGCUCAUCGGGGACUACCACAACGGCGCGCAGCCGAUCGACCAGGACGUCUUCAUCGACGACGUGGACGGGCAGGCGUACAUAUACUACGGAGGCCACUCCCACGCCAACGUCGCCAAGCUCAAUGGGGACAUGAUCUCCAUUGGCACUUUCGACGACAACACCACGUUCAAGGAGAUCACGCCGGAGAACUACGUCGAGGGCUCGCAGAUGAUCAAGCGGAACGGGGUGUACUACCUCAUGUGGUCGGAAGGCGACUGGACUGGUCCAGAUUACAGCGUCAGCUACGCCAUGGCCGACAGCCCCCUGGGCCCUUUCGAGCGGGUGGCAAAGAUUCUGCAGCAGGAUAGCGCGGUCGCGAAGGGGAGCGGCCAUAAUGGAGUCUUUCACAUUCCAGAUACGGAUAUUUGGUACAUCGUGUACCACCGCCGGCCGCUGAGCGAGUCGGACGGCAACCACCGCGUGCUCGCUUACGACCGCAUGUACUUCAACGACGACGGCACCAUAGUGCCGAUCACGAUGCUCGUCAAGGACGACUUCGCCGACGGCAACAUGAUCGGCUGGACGACUUAUGGUGGCGGCAGUUGGUCCGUGGCAGAUCGGAGACUCACGGUGGAUAGCUCCAGCGACGGUAUUGCCAUGUUGGAUACGAACUUCACGGAAUUGGUCUUCGAGGCCACCGUCUCGGUCGGGGAAGGGACUGGCAAUGCCGGCCUCGUAUUCCGCGCGGCCAACCUCUCCGCUGCUCUUGACGAGUUCAAUGGGUACUACGCGGGCAUCUCGCCGGGUGGAUCUGUCUCGCUUGAGAAGGCUGUCGACGGGACCUGGUCGUCACUGAAGGAGGUGACGAUCGACUUGGUUCCGGGGACGGAGUACCCCAUGAGAGUCACGGCGGUUGGGACUGAUAUCAAUGUGUUUGUCAGCGACAUGGACCUAGCCAAAAUCACUGUUAGCGACGACUCGUUUGCUUUUGGGGCAGACGGCCUGGAGAGUUUUGAGGCCUCCGCUCAGUUUGGGCUCGUGUCUGUCGCUUAUGCGUAA